AUGUCCCCUAAAACUAAUUUUCCUGCAACGCCGCUGCUAUCUGAGAAACACAAUGGCAUCCCGGCAAGGCUCUUCAACAAGGCCCAACAAGCCAAGUCAGCUAUAUUGAGCAUUGCAACCAAGGCUCAGAGUAAAAGAACCCAGGUUGCGUUACCUCAGGGGGUCACCGAGAUCAAAUUUCAUAAUGCCAUAGAUGAACUUCGAGGUCAAUUGGGCAAGGAGCAUGUGGAGCUCGUGACCAAUUUAGUUGACGGAUGGGCAGAAGAAAAGUGGGCUAACUGA